AGGCAGCAGCCGUGAAGGUUUGCGGUGGAUACUGGGAGAAACUUCCUUACCUGGCUGGAAAAAGCCAUAGGUGACCUGGGUUGAUGCUGGACCUGCUUUGGGAGCAGGGACCCCUUGAGGCUCUGUCCCCUCUGCGAUGACAUCAGGGACAGCUGUGGGGCUCCACUCCAAGGUCUGCAACAUCGCUGUCGGGACCCAGGAUCUUCUGGUUUAUUCCUCCUCUGCCCAAGCACGUUAGCCACCGUGGUUUUGGCAGGCAUGAGGCACCGUGCGGGUCCAUGGCAGGUCCUUGCCCUGACAAACGGUGGUGACCCGGGGUUUGGGGUGACCCUGGGCCCCCCUGACACCACCUCCACCGCUCCCCUCCCCACAGUGGUCAACUGCCCCAUCUGCAAACACCAGUGUCACCUGAAGGACAUCAUGGAGAACUACUUUUUGAGGGACAGUGGGGUCGAGGCGGCUGCCACCAGCCAGGCGUUGAGUCAGUGCUGCACCAGCUGCGAGGACAACGCACCGGCCACCAGCUACUGCGUGGAGUGCUCGGAGCCGCUCUGCGAGACCUGCGUGGAGGCCCACCAGCGGGUCAAGUACACCAAGGACCACACGGUCCGGGCCACAGGCAGCGGCAAGGCGAAGGAGGGAGCGCGCGCCGUGUACUGCUCCGUGCACAAGCACGAGCCGCUGGUGCUCUUCUGCAACACGUGCGACACGCUCACCUGCCGUGACUGCCAGCUCAAUGCCCACAAGGACCACCAGUACCAGUUUUUGGAGGACGCGGUGAGGAACCAGCGCAAGAUGCUGGCGACGCUGGUGAAGCGCCUGGGCGACAAACAGGCCAGCCUGCAGCGUUCCACCAAGGAAGUGCGCAGCUUCAUCCGCCAGGUGACGGACAUGCAGAAGCGGGUGCAAGUGGACGUGAAGAUGGCCAUCCUCCAGAUCAUGAAGGAGCUCAACAAGCGUGGCAAGGUGCUGGUGAGCGAUGCCCAGAGGGUGACGGAGGGGCAGCAGGAGAACCUGGAGCGGCAGCACUGGGCCAUGACCAAGCUGCAGCGGCACCAGGAGCACAUCCUCCGCUUCGCCUCCUGGGCCCUGGAGAGCGACAACAGCACCGCUCUGCUGCUUUCCAAGAAACUGAUCUGCUUCCAGCUCCACUGUGCCCUCAAGACCAUCGUGGACCCCGUGGAGCCGCAGGGUGACAUGAAAUUCCAGUGGGACCUCAAUGCCUGGACCAAGAGCGCUGAGACCUUUGGCACCAUUAUCUCGGAGCGGAGCCUCCCCCCGCCGUCCCUCAGCCCCCAGCCGCCGGUCGCCAGCCCCAUGGCCCCCAUGGCUGCCGGAGCCUCACAGGGCUCCUUGCAAGCCACGGUGGUGAGCAAAGGGCAAUACACCCCCAGCCUCCUCCUGCAGCCCCCGGUGGUACCCCAAAUUGGGGCUGAGGAGGGGCAGGGGACCCCCGGCCCCCCACAGAGCGGUGGCAGGGGGGUGGGGAUGCCCCCCCCCCCCCCC